AUGGCUGCGGUGCCAUCUCUGUCGUCGACCUUGGAGCAUUCGUACGAGUAUGGCGCCUCUCUCCACAAGACAAUCCCCCAGGGUCAACACUGCAAGACAUAUCUACUGGGCUCUCCUAUCGCCCAUUCUCUGGCGCCCCUGUUGCACAAUACGCUGUUUGAGUCGGCAGGUCUACCAUGGACAUACAAUCUACUCGAGUCGACCAACCAACAGGACCUGAUAUCGCUGCUCCCGGCCCAUGACACGGUCGGAAGCGCGGUGACAAUGCCUCACAAAGUCACGUUCAUUUCGAAAGUCGACGAGGUGACACCUGAAGGACGGGCGAUUGGGGCCAUCAACACCGUCUUCGUCCGCCUCACGCCCACGGGCGGCCGGCGGUACAUCGGUACCAACACCGACUGUAUUGGGGUGCGCGAGGCUUUCCUACGCAACCUCUCGCCUGACAGCCUGGUGGUUGGCAAAUCCAAACCUGCGCUGGUGAUUGGCGGUGGCGGCGCUUGUCGCAGUGCCUUGUACAGCCUCCAUCACUGGCUGGGCGUCGACACUAUCUACCUCGUCAACCGGUUCAAGCACGAGGUCGACGACAUUGCCACGGCCUUCUCCCGCGUGCCGGGGUGGAAAGCCAAGCUAGUCCACGUCCAGACGGUCGAGCAAGCUGAGGGCCUAGAAGCACCCUAUUUCGUCGUCGGCACUGUCCCUGACUAUCCGCCCUCAACGGCCGAAGAGAAGUUGGCGUUGGAAGUAUCGCGCACACUACUCUCGAAGCCAAUUCCGCCGUCCCAGUCGCAGUCGCAGCCGCAGAAAGGCGCCGUGUUGGAAAUGUGUUACUUCCCACGUGUCCGCACGUCCUUUUACAGCUUUGUCGAGUCUGAGGGCUGGCAGGUCCUCCCGGGCACAGAGGCCAUGAUCUGGCAGGGUGUUGCGCAGCAGGUACUCUGGACCGAAAGUCUGGCGCCGGCGGACGAGGAGGUGGUGAGGACGGCGAGUCAAGUCGUGCUUCAGGCCAUCCAGAGUCAGCAGUCUAAACCCUGA